UUACUGCACUUAACUUGGACUGCUGAGAAGCUGGAUAAGUAGCUUCAUUUGAUUGACCAACGUAAUCCAAAAAACAGCAAUUUAGCUUUAGCUUCUCUUCGAGAAGAAAACAAAAAGCUUGCCCUGAGAUAUGCCAAAUAAUUGAAGCUGGCAUUUUAACUUAGAGAUAGAUGCUCGGCUCUAUUGGAUCAGGUGGAGAACUUUCUCCAGGCUAUUUCCACAUUAUCAUCUCAACUUUUUAAUAAUUUUCCUAUUUAUGAAAGUUUAUACUUGUUCGCGUUAUUCGACUUGAAGAAAAUUUGGAGUCCUCUAAAAAGGUGGCGGAGUCCUUAUAGAGCAGCAGACGUGCUAUGGCAGAAUCCUCUAGAACAAACUACAACAUAUGGUGAGAAACAUGAUGAAUAUAUCGAAGAAGAAUUUAAGACGCUGCAGCUGGAAUUGUACAGUAAAACAAGUGAAAAUGCCGUCGCAGGAGAGGCAGUGAUAUCGGAAGAAACUGAUGCUCUGAGCAAUGCUUCGCCAAAUCUUCAUCUCAAGAGUGAGAGAGCCAGGAAGCAGGAGGCAGAAUGUUGCACGGAUCAAAACAUGUCAAAUUAG